AAAUGCCGUGCCGCGCCCAGCUCCAUUUCUGUCCCUCCCCCCUUUCAUUCCCAGAUCGCCAUCCUUGCUCGCAAGAUCCGCUGAAAACCUAAUCCUAUUUCUCCGAUUCGACCGAAGCAAAGGAAGAGAGGAGAUCAAAAAAUGGCGUGGUAUGACAGGGGAUUGAAGGGGUACUGGAAGCGGAGGGCGUACAGGAGGAUGGACGGCGAAGGUGGCCCCGGAGCACGGAGAGUGAGGAGCAUGGUGGUCCUAGGUGGGGGAAGAAGACGGCGAAUCUGGCGUCUCAGAGUAUCACCUAGGCUCCGCUUCCUGCGGGUUCUCUCACCGAAGCGGUUCAUCGCUCGGAUCCGUGACGCGUACGUUCGCAUGAUGCUGGCGUUCGCCAGCUCCGGCGCAAUCGGCGGAUAUGGAGGUGAUAUGUUCGCGGGCUUCGAAGCGCCGCCCAUGAAGGAGUACGAUGAGCGAAUGAUACUCGAGAUCUAUAAAUCGCUCAUGGUGCGAGGCCAACUUAUUGCUACCUCCGGCGUUGGAGGCGUCCUCCCCUCCGGCGAGCUUGUCGUGCGGCGUUAGGUUUGUUUUGGUUCUCUAUUGCUCUCGCCUUUCUGCUUGUAAUAACUAUGCUGUAUCCAUUCAUGGCUGAAGAAUAAAAAAAUAAAUCUCUUUCGUAA